AUGGCUUCCACAUCUGACACCAAGGUCACUCUUUACUGGCUUGAAAAGUCGCGCUCCCAGCGCAUCCUAUGGCUCCUUGAGGAGCUCAACGUGCCCUAUGAAAUCAAGACCUUCAAGCGCGGCAAGGACAUGCUGGCGCCCAAGGAACUAAAGGAGAUCCACCCGUUAGGCAAAUCCCCUGUUAUCUCUGUCCAGGGCCCCAACUCCUCCAAGCCAAUUGUCAUUGCAGAAUCGGGAAUGAUCACUGAAUAUCUCUGCGACCACUUUGGCGGAGACAAGCUUGUUCCGACUCGGUAUGCCGAGGGCAAGGAGGGCCAGAUCGGCGGCGAAACUGAGGAGUGGCUGCGCUACCGAUACUAUAUGCAUUUCUCGGAGGGUAGUUUGAUGCCAUUCUUGGUGUUCAAGUUGGUUACAGAUACCAUGAAAGCACCUCCUGGUCUCCCAUUCUUCCUGAGGCCCAUUCCCCGAAUUGUGGCCGGUCAGGUUGAACAGCAGUUUGUCGAUCCCAACCUCGACCGUACCUUUGAAUUCCUUGAGGACCAGCUCAAGACUGCCCCUGGCGGUGGUCCUUUCUUCUGCGGUACCAAGGUAACCGCUGCCGAUAUCAUGCUGAGCUUCCCCCUGAUUGCUUCCAACACGAGAAUGUCAUUGAAGGACAAGUACCCGCAUCUAGGGAAGUACGUGGAGGCUCUUGAGAAACAGGAAGGAUACCAGCGCGCGGUUGCGAAGAUCCAAGAGGUGGACGGAAAGUUUGAGGCCUCUCUGUGA